UUUUUAAAUUCAAAUACGGAUGGAUAAGAAAAGAAGUGAUGUAAACAUGGGUAUUUAUGUGAUGUAAUUAAACUCCUAAGCAAAUAUAAUGUGGAAAAGAAUCUUAAAAUCUCAAAUAACUUUAACAAAGCAGCCUUGUUUUAAAGGAAUUCCUACAAGUUGUAGAUCAACAUUUACCAAAUCAAAGCUACAAACCUUCAAUAUGAUGGCGUACAAUAAUCUGAAUCCAGCAUGUUGCCAAUUAUUUUUUAAAUCAACAAUCUCACAAGAAAAAAGUCAAUAUUCACUGCAUCAAGAUAAACAUACUAUAAUGGAAGCCUUUGUUAAUAAAACCCCAGCCGGCGUUCAACCUUAUUUGAAAUUGAUGAGAAUCGAAAAACCUACUGGUACAUGGCUACUCUUAUGGCCUUGUUAUUGGAGUCUUUCUUUUGCAACUGCACAUGGUUGCUUACCUGAUCCAACUUUAUUAGCAUUAUUUGGUGCAGGUGCUGUUUUAAUGGUUGCACCAUAA